UGUAUUGCUCUCUAAUUCUCUCAAAGUCGCUCUUUCUCUUCCCAUUCGGUUUCAAAUCCGAACAAAGAAGAAUAUUUCAAUCACUCUUAAGAAAAUCUUUCACUUUUGCUCUUACUCAACCUCAAGUCAUGGCAGGAUCAGCACCAGAAGGUACACAGUUUAAUACGCGUCAGUUUGAUCAAAAGCUCAAUGAAGUCCUGGAGGGACAAAAUGAGUUCUUCACCUCCUAUGAUGAGGUCCAUGAGAGCUUUGAUGCCAUGGGUUUGCAAGAGAACCUUCUUAGGGGUAUCUAUGCUUAUGGUUUUGAAAAGCCUUCUGCUAUUCAGCAAAGAGGAAUCGUACCCUUUUGCAACGGUCUUGAUGUGAUCCAGCAGGCACAGUCCGGUACUGGCAAAACCGCUACGUUCUGCUCUGGUGUCUUGCAGCAGCUUGAAAUCACCCUUGUCCAGUGCCAGGCUCUAGUCCUGGCUCCCACCAGAGAGCUUGCGCAGCAGAUUGAGAAGGUCAUGCGUGCUCUAGGAGAUUACCUUGGCGUCAAGGUACAUACCUGUGUUGGUGGAACCAGUGUUGUUGAGGAUCAGCGUAUCCUCCAAGCUGGUGUCCAUGUUGUCGUUGGAACACCUGGUCGUGUCUUUGACAUGCUCCGAAGACAAUCUCUUCGCUCUGACUGUAUAAAGAUGUUUGUUCUUGAUGAAGCUGAUGAAAUGCUCUCCCGUGGUUUCAAGGAUCAGAUCUAUGACAUAUUCCAGCUUCUCCCACCAAAGAUUCAGGUGGGAGUGUUCUCAGCUACAAUGCCACCAGAAGCUCUCGAGAUCACAAAGAAGUUCAUGAGCAAACCAGUGAGAAUCCUGGUGAAACGUGACGAGCUAACGCUUGAAGGUAUCAGGCAGUUUUACGUGAACGUGGAGAAAGAAGAGUAUAAGCUCGAAACUCUCUGUGACCUCUACGAUACUUUAAACAUUACUCAGGGUGUCAUCUUCGUCAACACUCGUCGCAAGGUGGACUGUCUCACAGACCAAAUGAGAAGCCGUGACCACACGGUCUCGGCCACUCACGGAGACAUGGACCAAAACACGAGAGACAUUAUCAUGAGAGAGUUUAGGUCUGGUUCUUCUCGUGUUCUUAUCACAACCGAUCUCUUGGCUCGUGGUAUCGAUGUGCAGCAAGUGUCUCUGGUUAUCAACUUUGACCUCCCAACACAGCCUGAGAACUAUCUUCACCGUAUAGGUAGAAGUGGAAGGUUUGGGAGGAAAGGUACGGCGAUUAACUUUGUGACUCGUGAUGAUGAGAGAAUGCUUACUGAUAUUCAGAAAUUCUACAAUGUUGCUGUUGAGGAGCUUCCAUCAAAAAUCGAUGACCUGCUUUGAAGAAAGAAAAGAAAACCACCGUUGUUAGCUGGUAAAGAAUAAAAAGGUUACUUGUCUCGCAAGCUUCUUAUUUUAUUUUUGACCCAUAUGUCUCUUAGAAUUAUACACCAACUCUUUGGAACAUA